AUGUCCGGCGAAGGCCCCGAAUCAAUCCCCACCUCAGCGGACCCCCGCUCCCGCCGCCCAACAAAGAAACGCGCCCUCACCCCCGUCUCCGAACACGCAAAACACCUCGAAACCCUCUUCUCCAAACCAGACCAAGAGAUCCGUCUGCCCCCCGGCGCCGGCGCCGUAGCCAAACGCGCCGUCGCCGCCCCGCCCGAAAUCGUCACAAACGUCCAGGGUUCCUCCGCCGGCGCCGGCUCCGGUGAGUUCCACGUCUACAAGGCCAGCCGCCGUCGCGAAUACGACCGCCUGCGCGCCAUGGACGACGAGGUCAGGCAAGAAAAGGAAAACGACGAGUUUGAGCGGCAAAAGGCCGAGCGGGCUGCCAAGGACGAGGAGCGCACGAGAAAGAAUCGGGAAAAGAGGGAUAAGAAGAAGCAAAAGGGUAAAAAGGGACCUGGUGCUGCCGUGGCAAAGGGAGGAGCUGCGGCGGAAACAUCCACAAACAAGGAGGAUGACGAUGCCAAGGAGGAUAAGGACGGCAAGAGCAAGGGCGCAGAGACGGCAUCGACCUCAUCAGGAGCUGCUCAGCCCCCGGGUAUCGUGAUCCAUGACGAUGACUGA